AUGCCUGUACAAAAAUCAAUGGAGGCUUUUAAUCUGCAGUACACAUACCCCCACUGUCCUGAGCCAAAAGAGAUCACAGACAUGGAUCCUGCUACAAACACUGUUGAAGACCUGAUGCUAAGGAUCUGUCACCAAGAGGGCAUUGAGAACUCUAAAGCUGUGUGCCUCUACACCAUUGAGGGAAUGCCUCUAACUGAUGAUCCUUUCUUCAACACAUGGUCUUUGAAAGACAGGCACAUUCAAAAUGGAGGUAAGCUUUAUGUCAUGUUUACACCCAAGGAGAACCUGAAACAAGCCCCCCGAACGCCACAGCGAGAGGUGAAUGACAUCAUAGGAGAGGAUAACGUUCGAUGCCACAUCAUGCUCAAGGGAGACUUUGAGGUCAAGGUGGACUUGGCAAGUGACACACUACGAGAUCUGAGACAGAAGCUCUCGGAUGAAAGUGGAAUCCCAGCACAUGUCCUCCAUUACAAAAGUGAACGCGGUGGAGUUGGACAGACUUUGCUAGAUUGUGGAAUCAAUGAGGAGUCAACUGUGAGCUUUUCUUUGUCCUCCUUCCCUGAUGAGCAUCCAGACACUAAGGAAUUCUACUUGAAUGAUGUCGUACCCUCAGUGCAACAAUCCCAGAAAGGACUCAGUGCUUUCUUUUCUUCACUUUAUGCCGUUGUGAGAUAUUCCAAUAUCUAUUACACUGUCUUGUUACUGUCAUUUUGA